AUGGGCAAGACCGACCAAAAUGCCACCCAGCAGCUCGAAGCCAUCACAGGCAAAUUAGCCAGCCUGCUGGAUCAACUGGCAGAGCGGCGCGAGAAAUGUACCACCAGGGCUGAAAGGAAACACCUCGAUCGACUCCGGAGAGACGCCAGGAAGCAAGUGUCGGCAAUCAUCAAGCUUCAACAGUCAGUCGACAAUGCCAACGUCACCAUUGCAAAGUCCUCGCAAGCCUUAGAGACCGCUGAAGCAGGGGGCGGAACAUCGCGUCAGAGCCACGCCUCUGAUGUGAACAGCUUGCUCUUCCGAGCCGUCGCAGGGCCUUUUCACAAUCAACAUCGCCUUCGUCCCCUCCAGCAACGACGAAGUCCUGAGCUGAGUCAAAUUCUGAAGCCGUGGAAACAGACAAAAUCUGCAAGUACGGCAAAUACAUGCGACUCACAGUCCGGCCCAACCACCACGCUGGAACACUCGACGAGCACGAGUUCGAACGACAGCGGCAGUAUCGAUGCCCAGUCUGCACGACCAGAGACGGAAGUACGUGCAGAGGUCGAAGACCGGUCGGAAACCGAAGCACAUCCAGCAUCCGGUAUCAGUCAAGCGGGCAACACACCAGACCUAGUGCCAUCCCGCGAAGCAACAGCUUCAUACCCAAGUUCAGACUCGGACUCGUACCAGGAUCCACACUCGGGCUCCUCCCCAUCCUUGUCCUCCUCCACCUCCUCCUCCUCCUCGUCGCUAGACCUCCCCCCCGAAGUUCCGGAUCAAGACCUUCGCGCCGAAGACCGGCAGCCGCCUCCCCUCCCUCGCAAAUCUUCCCGCCGAGUAUCGCGCAUCCCAAGAGUCCCUUCGUCGCCCCAGAGGGCUCCUCCACCGCCGCCACUCCCGUUGGCGCCCCCACCACUCGUGCCAAGGACGCCGCAUGCCUCGGUGCGUGAGUCUUGGGCUUCGUCGUCGUCGUCGUCGUCCUCCAGAGCGAGCACAACCGAUAAACUUGCCGAGGACUUACUAUCCGGUCUGGAGAAGCGGUAUAGUCUCACCAUCACCAGGACUGUGUCGGUGUCGACGGCAUGA